AUGGAAAUGUGGGAUACAAAGAUUCAAGGAACUCUUUCCCAACAUGGAUAUGGAAGAAACGAUGGUUCCGCACACACUCCUACACCUCUGACCAGAACAGCAGACUUUCUUAUUAGGAACUCCCUCUCAGAAGACUCUUUGUCAUCCUAUAAGAACAUAUUUGCAACUUACAAACGUUUCAUUCAUACCCAUGUUGAUAGAAAUGCAGAUCCCCUGCCACCAUCGCUUUCUCAUUUGUUACUUUAUAUUGCGCAUUGCUACCAGUUAGGCUUCGCUGCUUCAACAACCCGCACACACAUAGCUGCACUAAGCUUUACCUUUCAACUCGGAGGCUAUCAAGACCUUACACAAAGCCUUCUGAUCAAAAAACAAUUACAAGGAUUUAGCAAGGUUAAGCCAUCUAUUGACAAUAGAUUACCUAUAACACCAGACAUUUUGUCAAAAGUUGUAGCUGCUCUACCAUCCAUAACUACUUGUGCCUUUAACAGCACACUACUUCACGCUAUGUUUGUUCUGGCAUUUUGUGCCUUCCUAAGGGUGGGAGAAAUCACAAAAACAGCAGGCGCCAAGCAGCACUAUCUGUUAGCUGAGCAUGUUACUUUCCAAAAAGAUUCUGUUAAAGGCAAUUCCAUAAACCUUACAAUCCCUCACUUCAAACAUUCUAAUCAGUCUACCACUCUGCAUAUUCAGCAAAACAUGACCAACCCAUUCUUAUGCCCCUUCUUAGUUCUACAAGCUUUCAUGAACAUUAGAGGUCACAGUUCACCUGCAAAACCCUUGUUUUCAUUCAUGGAUGGUUCCCCAGUUUCUCGUCAGUUUUUUACUGAACACUUAAAGUUGUCCCUGACAUUCUGUGGUCUAGAUAUAAACAAGUACCAAAUACCAAGUACCAUAGUUUUCGGAUUGGAGCAGCCACGACAGCGGCAGCCUCGGGUUCAUCGGGCAUUCAAAUACAAAAUAUGGGCCACUGGAAAUCUUCAGCAUUUACGAAAUACAUCAGAAAACCGACCAUGA